UUUAGAUGCUGAUUUCCCGUUGUACCUAGCUGCUUAGGUAUAGAGCUUUUUAAAAUGAGCAAAAUUGAGUUACAGUCAGACCGCAUUGCAGCUGCAAAUUUAGAAAGGCGGCGUAACCGAGAGCUUCAGAGAAAAGACAGGAUUUUCAAUGCAAAAGUUAGAACGAUUGGAGUUGAUAAAGAUGCUCUUGAUUACCAAGUGGAGGAAAGAAGGAAGAGAGAGGAAAAAGAAGCUGAAGAGCUGAGGGCGUAUGCUGCGGAUCUUGAGCGCCAAGAUCAGGUGGCCUGCCUUCUUGAGCAGAGGCAGAAACAGGACCGUCGGCAGCUAGAGAAGGCCAUACAGCAGUUCCGCCAGGACUUCCAGCAGCCCGAGAGUCAGAGGGAGUUCGACAUAAACAACCCCAACCUGCUGCGAGAGCAGGAGGGGGAACAAGCGCUGCCGGGUUUGGCGGGGCAGGAUCCGGACAGCGAGGAGCGGAGGAGGAGGCAGCAGGAGCAGCUGCGGGAGUGGUCCCUACAGCAGCAGCGAGAGCUGGAGAUGGCAAGGCAGCAGCAGAAAUAUGAAGACCAGCAGUAUGACCUCAGCAGAGUGGCUCUGGCCAACAGAGCCAUCGAGCUACAGAAGAUCAGUGAGGAGAGGCAGAGGGCUGUCGCAACUGCCACUAAAGAAUUCAACUUGGCUAAGGUGGCGGAAGCGGCCAAACGCCAGCACAGGGAGCAGGAGCAAGAGGAGGAGAACAACAGAGUGGAGAUCCUGAACCAACUGAAGGCCGGGGAGCUGAGCGUGGGCCAGGAGGAGAGCAGCAGCGUGGUGGGCCUGGCCCGCCUGUGGCUCAACAAGGGCGUGAGCGCCGAGUACAAGAAGCACAUCAUCGACACCCAGCUGCAGCAAGCGGAGGCAAAGAGGAGGGCGAGCGUGGCGAGGCAGCAGCAGGAGCUCCUGGAUGACCGGGUGCGCGUGGAGUCGGCCCGCACCGCCCUGUUGCUGGAGAGACAGCAGGCCCGCAUCAGUAGGCAGCUGCGCCGCGCACAGGACAACACCAACGCCCAGCUGGCCGAGGCCCAGUCAGCACAGAAAAAAUACCUUGACAAGCAGGAGUACAGCAAUAUUCCUGAUGAUAGCUACUUCUCUCAGUUUAACACCACCAGCCGAUAGAGCAGUUUCAGGACCUUUCUACACUUGUUCCUCCAGGCUCACAGGAAUGGGAGGAGCAAUAAAGACUUACUUAUUCUCAGAAAGGAAUCUGCAUGGAUACACACAAAAAUGUGAGGAACAGGGAUUAAACCUUGAUUGAACCCAAAGUUCAUUAUUUUUACCUGCAUCUCAGUUUGUGACUUUUGUAAUGUAAAUCAGUCAGUGUAACACCAUUA